UUUUUUCUCCUCCUUUCUUUCUUUUCGCACGGUUGCAGGCCGUUUGAAUCGACCAAUGGGCCUUCAAGUUAGAGACAUUGGAAUGUAAAUGAGCCCAGCGCGUGCUCCCGGCGCAGUGAAAGCUCGGGAUUGUUUAUUGAGCUCCCGGAGCCACGCGCCUGGCCCGGGGGAGUCGGCGUGCAGAAGAAUCACACAGCGGGGGCGGGGCCUCGCCACGAAGCGUGCGUCUCCGAAAAGGGGGUGGGUGGGGUGUGUGUUCGGGGGCGCGUGUUGAAAAAGAGGAGUGCUGCCAAAGUUUGGGUCAGAUCGGCUCGUGGAGUAAAGCGGUGAAGAGAGACUUGGACUAGAGUUAGCCACACGGUCCCCCACGCGAAGGACACGAGAGCUGUGCACUGCCAACCCUCUCCGCUCUUCCUUCCUUCCUUCCUCUUGUCCUCCCAACUGUUUGGGCCCCCAGCGCUCGCCCCUCUCUGCGCAUCCAUCACUUCACGAGAACUGUCAGCGAGGAUGGAAACUACGACCAUCACCACCACGCAGACCGCAUUCACCUUUGGACUUACUGAAAGACGCGCCAGCAUCAGCCUGCACGCCCCGGCUCAGGACUGCGCCGUGCCCGCCGUGCACCCCAUCCCGGGCGCAGCAGCAGCAGCAGCCGCAGCCGCAACCGUUGGCUACCAAAGUAAAACCAAGGUGCUGAAGAGACAGCGCUCCAGCUCGCCGGAGCUCCUGCGCUGCAAGCGGCGCCUGAGCUUCAACGGCCUCGGCUACUCCAUCCCCCAGCAGCAGCCCGUGGCCGUGGCCCGGCGGAACGAGAGGGAGAGGAACCGGGUCAAACAAGUCAACAUGGGCUUCCAGACGCUGCGUCAGCACGUGCCCAACGGCGCCGCCAACAAGAAGAUGAGCAAAGUGGAGACCCUGAGGUCCGCCGUGGAGUACAUCAGGGCUUUACAGCAACUCCUGGACGAGCAUGACGCCGUGUCGGCUGCUUUCCAGUGCGGGCUGCCGUCCCCGACACUUUCCAACAGCUACUCCGCCGACCCGGAGUCACCUCACUCCACCUACUCAUCAGACGAGGGCGGCUACGAGCCUCUGAGCUCCGAGGAGCAGGAGUUGUUGGACUUUACGACCUGGUUCGACAGGUACUGAGGCUGACAGCAGCAUCAGCGGCGGCUGCGCGUGAAAAAAAAGAAGCAGCUGACUUCUCUCAGAAACGCUGAUAAAGAACUUCGAAAAAGGCGUCAGAUCAGUGUUGCCCUCCCGUGCUCGGAAAGUGAUCUGUUGCCUCCCUCCCUCACCCGGGGCUGCUUCUGCAGGAGCAAAGCAAUAGUGAGAAAGAGAGCGAGUGAGAGAGAGAGAGAGAGAGAGAGAGAGAAAGAGAGAGAGAGAGAGGGAGAGGGAGCCUCUUGUUGCAUAGAGCAUAAAUAGUCGUCCUGAAGUCCCCCAACAAGAAGGAGGAAGUUGGACUCACUGGAAGUAAAGAACUGUUGAUGUUAUGUUUGAAUAAGUGCAAUUAAUAGGUGACACACACACACACACACACACACACAUCAGCAGUAGCAGCAGCAGGCUCUGCAGACACGGUGCUGCAGCUCCAGAGGAUUUGUUAGAUGAGUGUCUCAUCAGAGCAGGACUGCCUUCCUCUGCUGCCACGUCUGUUGGGAAGACACAACAAAGAUGAGGCGUCAACAGACUUUAUUUUUGUGAUGUAUAUGCCCCCCCCCUCGCCCCCCUUCAUAACAAAAAUUGUAUCAUACAACGAACUGUUUUAACAUGAAGACAUAUUUUUGUACAUUGAGUCAAGCAAACAAUGUUCUCGAACAAAAUUCACUGCCACUUUUUUCUCCCCUCUCUUCCUGACAGUGUUUUCAGAUCCAGCUGUCAGGCAGGCAGUGAGUUUAGCAUGUAUGAGUUGUGUGUGACUGGACAGCAAUAUCAAGGCUACUACCUGUGACAGACUGUAGUUGUUUUUUUUUUUUGUUUUGUUUUUUUUUGUUUUUAAUAGAUGGUAAGGAGACCUUUAUUAAUGUAUGCACUUGUUCUCCAUUUCCCGUAGCCUAAAAUGUAAAUAUUUGAUUUUAACAGAUAUAUUUUGUGUAAAACAAGUUUUAUAA